UAUGACCGAGCAGCUCUGGUGAUGUGAUCAAUUUCUAAUUACGCAGUUUCGCAGCAAUGCGGGCUUCAGCCGCUCAUCGGAAAUGCAGGAUAACAGGAUGUUUUCGCGUUGGAGAGAAUUUUGCACGUGUUCAAGACCUUAUAAGGAGGUACUUCUCAAUUUUUCAUAAAUUUUAAUGCCCUUCGGGACCUUUAAAAAAGCGCGCAAAUUGGUUGUCAGUUGUAUAAUGCGAGACUUCACUACGAGUCGACAAGUAUCUUGACGGUCUAGAAAAGGAUGACAUUAUCACGACUGAUGUGGACAUCAGUUGAUUAUUGAGUUCACAUUUGACAUUUCGUGGAAGAAGCUUCGCAGAUCUAACAACUGAAAGCACCACUUAAGGAACAAAGAAGUUGACAGAAAGCAGCUGUAAAGACGUUUAACAGAGACAAUCGUUAAAGGAAUGCAGUGUGUCUAAAGGCAAGCUCAGAAAGAUGGUUGUUUUAUAAAAGAAGUGUUUUAAAGUGGAAUCGGAAGAAAUAAUGUUCUUGGUAUCUGUAUUUUGAGAAAGUUUUUGUGAUUGAAAGUAAUCAAGAGGAUUUUGUGAACCACUUGACACUCGACCAAGGCACUCGACAAGUAAAGAAUAAGACCUUGAGCUGUGAAGAUCUAAACUGCUUAAAUGGAUAAGCAUUCACAGACGCUUCUUUUCUACUGGAGUCUCAUAAUUCUGGACAUUUUUACAUUUCUCCUGAACGGAGUGACAUGUAUCAUGUUUGUACGAUUUCGAAGGCGACUACUUGCAAGCACCCAUAACAGGAUACUCUUCUCAAUGGCUCUAGCAGAUACUCUUGUUGGCAUUUUCGGCACUUCCCUGGGUGCCUUACUGCUUUUAAAACAAAACAGUCUCUACUAUAAGAUUUUCGGUAACAUCCCAAUGUUCAGCUCUCUUUUCAUAUCUGUCCUGUCGUUGGCGUUGCUUACCCUUGACAGGUUGAUUGCCCUUAAAAGGCCAUUUCAAUAUAGCUCUCCAAAGUAUCGUCGGCUGAUAACGAGGCUCCUUAUAUUUUUCUGGGUGGUGCCUAUCAUUAUUUCAGUGCAGCAGAUCAUCGUUUUCAUAUAUCUGUCAUCGAAAUACGAGCUAACUGUCCGAAGCAUUCUUUUUUCUGGUUUCUUCUUGCUUGCAGCGCUCGUUUUAAUUUGCAGCAAUGGCUUUUUGAUCUCUAGUAUCAAGAAGCAUUUCUCGGUUGUUCGCUCAAGAUUUUCAAAACAAAGUGGUGCAACGACUGUUGUAGACGAGGAAUCACCAACCGAUUACGCCCCAAAGGGAGUAAGAAAAUCUGUUGUAUUGGAGCUGCAGGAGUCACAACAAAAAUGCAAGCGUACUGCUGCAUCGGGCAGCGAUGGUCAAAUCGGAAGUAGCAUUAGAGGCAUCAGAAGACUGGAACUCAAGCAAACAUCUAUGUUUUGCAUCGCGAUAGUUACGUUGUUUCUCUUAUUCUGGUUGCCGCUAGCGGCCUAUCGGACGUGUUACGCAGCUGGGAUUACCUUGAACAUAUCGUGGCUACGUAGAUUUGCACUUUGUCUCACUGUUCUCAACAGUCUGUUAAACCCUGUUUUGUACUUCUUAGUGAAACGGGAUCUGCGUAAAUACUUGAAAAGAACAUUUAUUUGCGGGAAUUAAAUCGGGAAUUAGUGUGAAGAUAAUCAAAGGUGUUGGGAUAUGGAUCGUAUGGUAGUAUGCUGACAGAGUCCCUUUGGAUUGAGAACAACCUAUAACUAAUUUGACGACUACUACAGAAACUAACAAUUUCUUUAAACUCAAUUGAGUGAAAAAUUUAUUUUCUUUAAGAUAUUCACUUUAGGCUUCUUGAAAAGAUAUGCCAACCAUUUUUCACCCCUUUGGUUCUAUAAAGAUGCAUCGCGUCAAUCUGCUCUAAUACCAACGCUCGAACAUUUUUGCAAAAAAGAAAUCUUUUAUUAUCAGCCUCCAUAUUAUUUACCAUCUUUAAGUGAGCUGUAACGUAUUGCAAUAUUUUACAAAUGAUUUGAAAUGUACCACUUAGUCUUUUAGUGAAGAAAUAUCUGGAAAAAGUUGGUCGUUUUGUUUCAGAAUGCAAUAAGGCUAAAUAGAAAACUGGUGUACCACAAGUUCGACAAGGUGUUAUGUGUUGUUUCACCUUUGGUCCUUUCCACAUUCAAAUACCAGGUUAGGUAACAGCUGAUGCAGCAACGCUUUCCACUUUGCCAGUUGGGUAAUCUAAUAUUAAGAAAUUAUUUCUAGUCAUUCCCUCAGAAUUCAAAGAAGAGAAUAUUUAUAAAUUGAAGUAUGAGAGUCACAAAAAGUGUUAUAAACUAAUUAAGAGUGAAAUACGAAAUGUGAAAGGAGUAUUUCUGAAAUCAAAAUGGUAUCAAACGUCAACAUGUAGAUUUGUCCUUAGAAACGCCUUGAAAUUGACAUUUUCAGUGAUUCUGGUUUUGCCGAUUUUAUCUACUACACCCCCUAAACCUGACUGUUUUAGAGCAGGGCCAUCAAUGACGAGAGGACUUUGCAAAACAAGAGAGUGUUUUUGCAAAAUCUUCCAUAAUAAGUCUUUAAUUUGAGUUUGCCUCCCCUUCCCUCUUGACUUUCCAACUUGGUUUUGAGACCAUUUUAAGUGUUUCUAACACCACUGACAUCAUGGUACCAGUCUGGCCCUCUUUUCUGAAACUUACCAUGGUUUGUUACUUUAUCACUUAGUGUAAAGUCAUUAUGCUAUUUGGAUGUCCAUAAUUACAUCGUUCUUUGCAUUUUCUCUUUUUUGAAGAUGAACUGAUAACGUCAUACUUGAAACAUUUAAUGUAAAUAUUGUACAAAGAAUAAUGUUAAAAUGUUAUAGUUGAAAAUGUGUUCAUCAGUGUUUGUUUUUCUAUUGUCGAUGUAUACAUUUUAAAAAGAUAAAAAGAAAAAGGAGAGCGAUAAAGGAGCGAAAUGUAGAACUAAUCUACCAUUUGUCGUGCGAUGUUUGGGUCACAUUUUGACCAUCUUAGUUUAUUUCUUUUGACUUAAAACACUUAUCAAUAUAUGAAAAAAAGUAAGAAAAAUGCCUAAUUCUCGCUUGCUUUGUUGUCAAAUUGGCAUGCUUGCUUGAUAAUGUUCUGUGGGAGUUAUAAACCUGAGAUCAGGCUUACGGCUCAGAAAUGACUUCAAAAAUUCUGUCUAGCAUCUCCGUCCGACCCUUUUCCGCCCGACCCUUGUCCGUCCAAGCCUUUUCUGUCCAAGCCUUUUCUGUCCGAGCCUGAAGUUUUUCCUAGGCUAGGAGCUAUUUUUUGUUUACGAUAUUAUGUUACGUUUUAUUAUUUGUUCAGAAGAAAAACUAUAAGUCACAGUUCGUAAUUUACUAAUCUAUCGACAUCUAGACCUACAAACAUCCACAUAAGGCCUAAUAAUCAUUUUAAUUUUACAUCUUCUCAGCAGAACAAAAUAUUAGAUAUAUAAGGCUGGCUGUCUUUUAGUAGAAUGACUACAAAACACUAAAACAUCAAAUAUCCAGUAGGCCAAUUUGAAAAAAUAACAAAAAAGAAGCAAUUAUUUGCCAAAGUUAGUAAGUUUCUUGCUAUUGGAGGCGUUCUUAUUAUAUAAUGAGUGAUUAAAGCAAAAGAAGUAAUAAGAUUGAAUGAUAUAUCUCCAGCAUUUAAGAUUAAAAAUAUUGUCUGUUUCCAAAAAUGCUUUACUCUGCAAAACUCAUAACAAAGGUUGCAUCAAUUUGUGAUAAAUAGUUGACUAUUAAUAAAAAAGAGAAAAUUUAUCUAGUAAUUUUAGGAACAGGACCUCCAAAGAUCCUGUAUAUUGAAUCACACAGAAAGAUUGAUUCGAUGAAAAUAUUAUUCCCAACACUUUUGUGAAGUAGCCCGAUAAGAUAUCUCACACAUUAGAGGAGCCGACAAUGUUUUGCUGGUGACAGACUGUUUUUGCCUCUUUUCAUUUUAAUACUAGAGAUUCUAUUCUAAUCUGUUUCUUAAGUCUACAAAAGCGAGCAUUGUUUCUGGCUUUAUAAGAAGGUCUAGUCAAACUUACAUUUAUACUUCACUUGUUUCCAUUUCGGAUUAAUAGUCUUUCUUAAAGGCUUUGGUGUUGUGUUACCUAUUGAGAUAUGAAACGACGAAAUACUUUUAAUUCAUAACUGUCUAUUUCAAGAGAGUUUGUCGCCAUUGGCUCAUUCAUUUUGUGAAUUCUGAUGAAAUCACGUUUUACGUCUUAAACCAAGAUUGAUCAUUUUAUUAGCUGGUGCACCGCUCUGCUAAGAUGGAUUUAAAAAUUUAUGGAUAAAAUUCAUCUCAAAAUGAAUGCCAGAAAAAUAAGCAACAAGUAUAAGUUCAAUCAGGAUGUCACCAAUAUUUUUAAUUUAAGCAGGUUUCUCCAGUCCAAGGUAGUUUUGCAAUUGAAUGUCAAAUUUCGUAGCUAAGCGCUAAUCUUUUCGUGGAUUUGAUGGAAAAACGCCGAGAUACCAGUCAAAUCAAACAGUAUAACACCGAAUUCAAGGAUUAAUUCUUUAGUGUAUUUAUGCAGCUGUUUACGUCAAAAGAAUGGGUGAAGAGAAGAGAGCGGAGAAUCUUGUUUUCUUUUUUUUCAUAUACAAUUCAGUAUACACUAAAAGGUAUUUCUGCUCCAAAAUGUUUUUCAUUUUGAUCAAAUUAUAGCUAGUAUUUCUAUAAGUAAGUUAACUCAUAGGUGGUAUCACGGGAUGGUGACUCCUAAGUGAGGGAGGGGACGGGUACUCUGGAACCUUGCAAAGGGGAGGCCCAUCUGAAUAUUCUAGAACCGGAAAUAUUUUGGGGUAUGGCAAACUCCAUUAUAAAAAUGUUUUUGUUUUAAAAAGUCAUUGAUCUCAAUGUAGUAAGUAUGCUGAACGCUGGGCAGCGGAAGAACAAUAUGUCUUAUUUUAUGUGUAUAUUCAGCGGAUGAAUUUUUUCAUAUAAAGAUUAAUUUUUUGGGGAUAUGACAUCUUAGGGGCAAAAUUUUUGCCAGAUUGACCACCUUUAUGUAAAAUGGUUUAGUAUUCCCCUAGGGGACAAGUACUCCCUACUAAUCGCCAGGACACUUUAUAUUAUUCGCUUAUAUCCGAAAAAAUCGUAAGAGAAUAAUUGGUGAGUUUGCAUAUCGCAGGUUUGGGUGUGGUCCAACGAGAAUCCUGUACCCAGCACCACCAGCGCAAACAUGACUUAAAUUUGAACAAAAAUCAGUUGCGUAUGAUCUCCAAGUGCCUUCUAUCAAUGUUUUGAUGCAUUGCAUUAAGAUGCAGAUAACAAUGCGGGCCUUUAAGAAAACAACGCAGCAAACCAGAGAGAUGUGCAAAACAUACCAACAACGCAUGCCAGCUUUCGUUCUAAAAAAGCCCUUAGCAUACCGAAGAAAAAAUAUCAAUCACUUAUUGCUUUAUGCAGAUCCUCUAACGUCACCUCGUGAAGCAUGAUAUCACAAAACAACAAAUUGAAAAAUGUUAAUGUCGCUCUUAAAACUUAAGCCAAACCACAUCAUCGGAUGAAGGUUUUUUCGUAGGUAAAUGUAUCAGAAACAAAAGCCGAUCUCAUAUGACGAUCCCGUAAUUUGAAGUGGUAUAUAUUCAAUAUACGUUAUUAUGCUUGUUGUGUUGUCGGAUUUUGUCAGGCUGAUUAAAUUUUGUUAUUUCACCUGUCUUGAAAUAUUUUGAUGGGUUUAUCUCAACUAUAAUGAACGGUUGUGUUGGAAAAUAGUGAAUGAUUUUUUUAUCAAUGUUGUUUGAAGUUAUGUGUAAUAUUAAGAUGCGAUUUAAAACGAAUUUAUAAUAUGGUUGUAUUAGAUUGACUGUUUGGAAAAACGACUAUAAACACCCUUAAUGUAGGUCGUUAUAAUAUAACAAUUGAUUUCCUAAAUAAUGAAUGGAAUAACAGGAAUAUCAUCUAAUAUUUAAUCCCUCUUCGAGUUGCCUAAUGAUCUCAUUUUCAAAGUUACACAUUGCCUGUGCGGCAUCAAGCACUUUAUUAGAGAGAUGAGUCAACAGUAAACGUCAUCCCGGCUUUGAUGUUGGUCAAUAUCGGAUUCGGAAAUCGGCUGAUAACGACAGCCGGUCAAUUUGUAGCACUGGAUUGUCAUUACUAUUCAAAUUUCCGUUGGUACUCGAAUGAUCUUUUUGGUAGUCUUUGUUGCAUUUCUCCCAAUAUUUUGUAGCCAGACCCACUCAACCCUAUUGUUUUUUGUCAAAGAGAGCAGAUUUUCAUAUUUUGGAGGGCCUAAAUGAUAAACUUAUCAAUAAAAUUGUUGAUGCUUUUGAAAGUAGAAACCCGUGAAGUGUAUCGCAGGUGCAAACUUUUUAGUUGCAAGACUUCAUUUGAGAUUUGCGGAGCGAAUGCAGUAGGCGCAUUUUUUCCUGAAAAUAGAUCCUGAAGUUUUUAAAAAAGAUGAACUGUUUGUUGGCAACUAGAGAUCAACAUCGUAGUCGUUCAGCUUUUUAGUGAUCAGCGGAGCUGAUUACUGGAUUGCCUUCAGACAAAGUAACUCAAUGGAGCUACCACGCAAUCAUCUAACGCCUUAAUUUUUUUCUUUCUCAUCGAUGAUUCAACAUUUGGCGCUGUUUAUAUACCGAAAAGCCGCCGGUUCACACAUGUUUAGAAAAAAACUUAAAAAACUUUAAUUUUAUUUUAUUUUUUCCAACAAUUUUGAUUAACCAAUCAAUCAAGGCAAUUAAUCUAACGCCUUAAUUUCCUUGCUUUCUUUUGAAUGCUUUUGACAAGGGAUCUAGUGUAAUUUGUACUGUCUGAAGUCUUUAAGUAAGGAUUCAGGUGGUAAUUAGCGAAAAAUAAAAUACAAUCUGCAUUUAACAAAAUACGUACGUACAUGUGAUUAUUAAUUUUUGUUAUCUACAAUAAUCAGCUAUAUCUAGUUUUAAAUUUAGUUCUUUUGAGCUCCCGAUCUUGAUAAAACACUUGAUACGUGAAAUAAUAUGUUUGGAAAAAGGAAUGGUACUGAAUGCAUGGACUUGCGAUAGCGAACAGUGUUAUUCGCUAUCGCAUAUUUAUUAGUAACAUGGACUCAUGUUAGUGAAAAGAUCGUCAACGUAAAAUUAUGUUUUAGAAUGAUUUAUAGCUUUAUGAUGGCUGCAUGUAUAUAUUGCUGCUGGUUUUUAAUGAAAAGGUUGAAUAAUCUUCUUCUUUGUAAAAGAUACCUUUGAGUAAUAACUUGCACCAGAGUAACAAUGCAGCGCUUAUGUAACAAGAGUAUAUUAAACAAAACAGAAGGAUGACAUCAACGUGUUCUUUGUGAGAAGUUUUGUCUGAUAUUUUCUUCCUUUAUCGUAUUCCAUUAUCGUAUUCCAUUAUCGUUAUCUUAUUCGUCUCAAGACUUCGCAUCGAACAACAGGAGAUUACGUCAGACGUUCACGCCUUUUUCUUGCGUGUCUUGUUGUUACCUAGAUUUGUAACAAUGCUUCAUCAUAAACCUUUGAAUAGUUGUUUAUUUAUUUCCUUUUUUAUUCUUAUUUAUUUCUUCGAAUGGCCCUUGCCCAUUACAACAGCCAUUGCAACCUACUUUUCACAUCAGAGGAAUCUUCGAAUGCAAUGGUCUUUUUCAUGAUUGAAUUUGUAAACAAAACUGUUUAGUGCAGAAUUUGAUUGCUAGAUUUUAUUUCAUUAUUUCAAUUUAAUUUCCACAACACGUGUUUAUCUCUCGUGAUUCAUAAGGAUUAUCUGAGUGUGAAAUGCAUUUUCAUGGAUUUACGUCAAUCUCCUGUCUCAUUUAUACUUUCAAUAUUGAAACACCUCGAGUUUUAUGAUAAUUAACGGAUGUUCUUUCUGAUAAUCAUUGUAUGUUAAUUUGCUUUGAGACAAUAAAGCAGAACAGUUCUCACUUAAAUCAGAUCCUGAUCUGCAAAUGAGAAGAUUUUCUGUCUCUACCUUGAGUAAGCUUAAUAGAGUUCUUGACAUCCAGAAAUCAAAUAUUUUACUCUUGACCUUAUAACUUAAAAAAAACACCAAAAAAUACUUCUUAAAUAUUUAAAAUCGGUUAGAGCUGUUGCAAAUUGGGUGAGAUAUGGCCAAUAACAGAUAUGUAAAUUGCUUACAGGUUAAUUUUCUUGGGCUUGUUCAUGAAGUUAUGAACAGAGACCAGAUUUUAUUGACUUGAUGGGGUUUGCAUGGCCAAUAUCUAAUUCAAUAUGGCGAUUUCACACAUCAUUUCAUGAUGCGUUAGCUGGUUAUGUAAUCUAGGUUCAAAAAUUCUUAACUUAAAUUCUUAAAUUCUUAACAAAAAAUUUCCAACUUCAUAGUUUAAGAACUUUAAAGCUAUCUUCUGAAACCUGAAUCAUUUACAAAAAGGCUGUUGGCACAUUGUAUAAAUGUAUCUACGCACUAUAUAUAGAUUUUAAAAACAUUCUUUUUCAGUUAGCUAUUUGUACCAAGUAUGCCAGAAAAGGAUAAGCGUUGAUGCUGAGUUUAGCAUAGGAUACAAAAUGAG